GUUGUGUUGCUGAUCAGGAAACAUGGCUGCCCACCUCUCGUACGGCAGAGUGAAUUUAAACAUUUUAAGGGAAGCAGCGCGGAAAGAGCUUCGAGAGUUUUUAGACAAAUGUGCGGGAAGCAAGGCCAUAGUUUGGGAUGAAUAUCUGACGGGACCUUUUGGACUGAUAGCUCAGUACUCUUUACUGAAGGAACAUGAAGUGGAAAAGAUGUUCACCCUCAAGAGUGGCAGGCUCCCCUCUGCCGAUGUCAAAAAUAUCAUCUUCUUUGUUCGUCCCAGACUGGAGCUCAUGGACAUCAUUGCUGAAAAUGUGUUCAGUGAGGACAAGAUGCAUUCGUCACGAGACUUCCACAUUUUGUUUGUGCCUCGGAGGAGCAUGCUGUGCGAGCAGCGGCUGAAGGAGCAGGGUGUGCUGGCCUCUUUCAUCAACAUUGACGAGUACAUCCUGGAUCUGAUCCCCUAUGAUGGCGACCUGCUCUCAAUGGAGUAUGAAAGUGCUUUCAGGGAGUGCUACUUAGAAAAUGACCAAACGAGCCUUUACCACACAGCCAAAGGCCUCAUGACCUUACAGGCACUGUAUGGCACCAUCCCACAGAUAUAUGGGAAAGGAGAAUGUGCACGGCAUGUUGCUAACAUGAUGCUGAGGAUGAAGAGGGAGUUUGCCGGCAGUCAGAAUCAGAUCCUGCCCGUGUUCGAUACUCUGCUCCUCCUGGACCGUAAUGUCGAUCUGCUCACCCCUCUGGCCACACAGCUCACCUACGAGGGUCUCAUUGAUGAGAUCUAUGGAAUCACUAACGGUUAUGUCAAGUUGCCUCCUGAAAAGUUUGCGCAGAAGAAGCAAGGCGAAGCGAGUAAAGAUUUGCCCACAGAGCCCAAGAAGUUACAGCUCAACUCUGCAGAGGAGCUGUACGCAGAAAUACGGGACAAAAACUUCAAUGCUGUCGGAGCGGCGCUCAGCAAGAAAGCCAAAAUAAUUUCAGCAGCCUUUGAGGAGCGCCAUAAUGCUAAAACAGUGGGAGAAAUAAAGCAGUUUGUGUCUCAGUUGCCUCACAUGCAGGCAGCACGAAGCUCGCUGGCCAACCACACCUCCAUAGCAGAGCUGAUCAAGGACAUCACCACAUCUGAGGCCUUCUUUGAUAAUCUAACAGUGGAGCAGGAGUUUAUGACUGGAGUUGACACAGACAAGGUCAACACAUAUAUAGAGGACUGCAUUGCCCAAAAAGAUCCACUGAUCAAGAUUCUGCGUCUGGUGUGCAUGCAGUCAGUCUGCAACAACGGCCUCAAGCAGAAGGUGUUCGACUACUACAAGAGGGAGAUUCUCCAGACCUAUGGUUAUGAACACAUACUAACACUGAACAACCUAGAGAAGACCGGUCUCUUGAAGCCACAGACAAGCUCAAGGAAUAACUACCCCACCAUCAGAAAAACCCUCAAACUGUGGAUGGAGGACGCCAAUGAACAGAACCCAAACGACAUCUCCUAUGUGUACAGUGGCUACGCUCCACUAAGCAUCCGCCUGACCCAGGUGUUGGCCAGACCCGGGUGGCGUAGCAUCGAGGAGGUGCUGAAGAUGCUCCCAGGCCCACACUUUGAGGAGAGACAGCAACUGCCUGCCGGGCUUCACAAGAAACGUCAGCAGGGGGAGAACCGGACGACGCUGGUGUUCUUCCUCGGCGGGGUGUCGUAUGCAGAAAUAGCUGCGCUUCGUUUCCUCUCUCAAAUGGAAGACAGCGGGAUGGAGUAUAUUAUAGCCACCACAAAACUCAUAAACGGUACAACUUGGAUCAAAUCCCUCAUGGACCGGCCUGAAUCCCAGACCUCCUGAAUCACCUGCACGUCCACCUGACCACAUCAAACACCCGCUCCAUCAGAAAACCUCAGCUGCUGUUUUUUUCAUGUCCAUAUCAGUGUACUGCAGGUGUUUCAUUGAUGUCUGGGCAACAACAGGCUCUUUAAAGGUGACCCGUGGGAGUUUCUUCUCUUCAUUUGGUGUUGCAGACCAAAAUGAGUUGUGUUCUUGAGCCCUGAAACACAUGUUAAAUGCAUCUCCUUCUUCGCAAUUGCAAAGCUGUUUUCUGAAUAUUUUAAAUUGUGCAUUGUUGUAUCAGUGUUUACUUGCUAGUCUUUGCCGGUGCCUUUCUACACUUCUUUGUCCAGCACCACCAUCAACUGCAGAUCAGUGGAAUAGUGUGUAGCCAGCAGCAGGAUUGCUAGUGCGUCAGGCCUUGAAUCUAGUUUUUGUAGUGGCGAAACAGUGGAAUUACAUCGCUCAUGUAUGUCCUGUGGCCAAACACAAUGUUCCCAUAGACUUGCAUGACAAAAGACAUGUCUGUACAUCAGUAGAUCUUUUUUUUUUUUUUAGCCACCCAAUUUGAUCCAUUUGGCCCGUUAACAUAAAUAGCCCACUCAGCUGACAGAAGUCUCUAGUACACCUGCUCCAGGGUUUGUUUGUGGCGGCCAACCACAAUGAAGACAUCUGCUGCCAUGUAUUUUUCUUAAUAUUUUUGGAGCUGGACCUUUCAUUAGAAGGGCUAUUGGUAUUUAUAUAUAUACUGUUUGGUUAUUCAACUCACUACAUUCUCGGAGCACAGAGCGUACUAUGGGCACAGAUGGAGCAGCAGAACGGCAGGCGUAGUGAAAUUAAUCUUAACCAUUGAUUGCGCUAGCUCUAAAAGUUUGCAUUCACUCUACUCUGCAGCUCCUCUUAUCCAUUGAUCUGACCUGACCAGCUCUGACCGACUCGACAAAUCAUUUAUUCAACCCACAACAGCACUGCAAUCACAGACCUGCAAAAAAAUUAGAAUUUAGAAAGGGCGUAGAGUAUGAUACAGAAGGUACACUUUUUUUAGCUUCAUGUGCCACUGAGCAACUUUCAUGGGAAUGAACAGAGCCCCACCUCCAACAGUGUAUCCUGUCAGUUUAUACGUCCAUGCAUGAUACAAAGAAAAUGUUGACCCACUUGUAAAAACAUUGCUCCACGGUGCUUCUAGUGGACAUAAACUCCACAGUGUACCUUUGAUUUUUUUCCCCAGUCCUUGAUGUGCACCAAGACAAUAUAAUAUGAAUCUGUUUAAAUGCCACUGUUAUCGUACAUCUCUUUGUCCUCCGGCUACAUCACUUGAGGUCAUUGCUCUACUGUGGAGCUUCUGUAAAUAUGUAUCUAUGAUUAAAAUCUUCGGGAUGUUUGAGAUGAUGUCACGUGUAAGAUGAUUAAAGAUGCACUUCUUUGA